UGACAGCUGGAGAAAGUGCUCAGGGCAUUGCAUACACUCUUUCAUAAUACCCCUGCUAGACGAGAAGAUUUCUGCACUUUGACCAAGACAUCUGUGUUUCCCCUACCGUUCUGUGGGCAUCGUUGGAUAGAAAACCUACCCGUCGACAACCGGGUUAUUACAAUAUGGCCAAUGAUCGUCAUGUAUGUGGAUGCAGUGACACAGAAAAAACUUCCAAACCCUAGAACAUCAUCCUAUGACACUCUUGCAGAGGCACGGAAGGACCCUCUCAUUAUGGCCAAGUUGCACUUCUUCAUGGCUGUCUCUAGGACCUUCACCACCUUUUUGACCAAAUAUCAGACAGAUGAGCCUGUGAUGCCAUUCAUCAGUAAAGAUCUGGUUAUUCUCAUGAAGAGCCUGCUGAAGAGGUUCAUCAAGGCAGAGCUCCUUAAUGACAUCACAGCACUGCAAAUGGUCAAACUGGACACAACUGCUAAGGAAGCAAGGGCUAACCUAAAGGAUGUGGACAUUGGAUUAGGAGAAGAAGUAGUCCUAAAGGAACUCCAGAGUAGCCCCAACAGCAGCGUAGGGGAGCUCAGUGUGUUGGAAUUUAGAAAGGACUACAUGGACUGUUUGACUAACAUUGUUAAGAAAAUGCAAGACAAGAGCCCACUGAAGUACACCAUUGUGAGGCAGAUGGCAUGUUUGGACCCAAGGAACAUGUUCUCAGACCCCAACUUGUGCUAUGAAAGAAUGAAAGGAGUUGUUCAGAGGUUUCUGCAUGAUCACCAGCUGUCAGGAGGCGUCUCUGCGGGAGGAGAGCACCCGGGUGCCGGGUGCGGAGGGAAGGUCCAGACUAUAGAACCUGAAGAAGGUGUGAGGAGAGGCCCAGCCAGCAGCCUCACAAACCCCCUGGAGAGACGCUCCAGAGAGGAGAGCCGUGGAGGGCGCCAUGCCUCUCGUGGAGUGAGCCCGUACAGGCAGAGGUGA